AUGGAUCAGUGUGAGGACAGAGAGGAGGGAGUCCUUCCCUCCAAAACCUCCCCCAGGGGAAAACCUGAGAGUCGGAGAGAAGAAGAGAGUGAGCCCAGCUGUGUGUCCUUGAAGAGUGACAGAUCAAGGGAUUUUUUUUUAGAUUUUAAAGAUACCCGACCUUCUUCCUCAGUGAGAGUGGACCAGCAGACCUCAGAGUCCCCCAGUGGUCCAUCUGUCCAGCAGCAUCAGACCCAGCUGGACUCCAUCUUUCAGCUGCUGAAGGACGACAUCGUCAUGUUUGUGAAGGACGAGCUGAAGACGAUCCAGAAGGUUCUGAGUCCAGAUUACCCAGAAUCCUCAGAGAGUCUGGAGGAGGAUGAAGAUGAAGAGCAGAAGAGCAUCAGAGAGGCAUUCAUGAAGAUCGCAGUGAAGUUCUUGAGGAGGAGGAAGCAGGAGAAGCUGGCUGACCUCCUACAGAGCAAUAUCGUCCCUGUUGAUUGUCAAUCCAAACUCAAAAGUGAGCUGCAGAAGAAGCACCAGCAUGUGUUUGAUGGGGUCACUAUAGCAGGAAAGAAAAUCCUUCUGGAGCAGAUCUACACGGAGCUCUACAUCACAGAGGGAGGAACCGGAGAGGUCAAUGAAGAACAUGAAGUCAGACAGAUUGAAGCAGCUUCCAGGAAACCAGAUGGAGAGGAAACAGCCAUCAGACAGGAAGACAUCUUUAAACCCCCACCUGGAAGAGAUGAACCAAUCAGAACGGUGAUGACAAAGGGAGUGGCUGGCAUCGGGAAAACAAUGUUAACACAGAAGUUCAGUCUGGACUGGGCUGAAGGAAGAACCAACCAGGACAUCCAGUUCCUGCUUCCAUUCACCUUCAGACAGCUGAAUGUGCUGAGAGAGGAGAAGUUCAGCUUGGUGGAACUAGUUCAUGGAUUCUUCUCUGAAACCAAAGGAAUCUGCAGCUUUGAAGACUUCCAGGUCGCGUUCAUCUUUGACGGUCUGGACGAGUGUCGACUUCCUCUCGACUUCCACAACCCUACAAUCGUCAGUGACCCCAGAAGGUCCACCUCAGUGGACGUGCUGCUGACAAACCUCAUCAGGGGGAACCUGCUUCCUUCUGCUCAUCUCUGGAUCACCACACGACCCGCAGCAGCCAAUCAGAUCCCUCCUUACUGUGUUGACAUGGUGACAGAAGUCAGAGGGUUCACUGACCCACAGAAGGAGGAAUACUUCAGAAAGAGGUUCAGAAAUAAGAAGCAGACCAGCAGGAUCAUCUCCCACAUCAAGACAUCACGGAGCCUCCACAUCAUGUGCCACAUCCCAGUCUUCUGCUGGAUCACUGCUACGGUCCUGGAGAACGUCCUGGAGAACGCUCUGGAAACCAGAGAGGGAAGGGAGCUGCCCAAGACCCUGACUGAGAUGUACAUCCACUUCCUGGUGGUCCAGGCCAAACUGAAGAGAGUCAAGUAUGACGGAGGAGCUGAGACGGAUCCACACUGGAGUCCAGAGAGCAGGAAGAUGGUGGAGUCCCUGGGAAAACUGGCUUUUGAGCAGCUGCAGAAAGGAAACCUGAUCUUCUAUGAACCAGACCUGAGAGAGUGUGGCAUCGAUGUCAGAGAGGCUUCAGUGUACUCAGGAGUGUUCACCCAGAUCUUUAGAGAGGAGAGCAGCCUGUACCAGGACCAGGUCUUCUGUUUCAUCCAUCUGACUGUUCAGGAGUUUCUGGCUGCUCUUCAUGUCCAUCAGACCUUCAUCAGCUCUGGAGUCAACCUGCUGGGAGAUCAGACAACCUGUCUCACAUCUGAAACACGAGAAGAAGUUCAGGAAGGGGAUGAAGAUGAUGAUGGUGAUGAUGAUGAAGAUGAAGAAACUCGCCUCUAUCAGAAAGCUGUGGACAAGACCUUACAGAGUCCAAACGGACAUCUGGACUUGUUUCUGCGCUUCCUCCUGGGUCUCUCAGUGGAGACCAAUCAGAACCUCCUACGAGGUCUGAUGACAUCAAACCAAAGAAGUUCACAAAACAAUCAGAAAACCAUCAAAUACAUCAAGGAGAAGAUCAGUGAAGACCUGUCUGCAGAGAGAAGCAUCAACCUGUUCCACUGUCUGAAUGAACUGAACGAUCGUUCUCUGGUGGAGGAGGUCCAACGGUCCCUGAGGUCUGGACGUCUCUCCACAGAUAAACUGUCUCCUGCUCAGUGGUCGGCUCUGGUCUUCAUCUUACUGUCAUCAGGAGAACUGGAGGUGUUUGACCUGAAGAAUUUCUCAGCUUCAGAGUGGGCUCUACGGAAGCUGCUGCCGGUGGUCCAAGCCUCCAAGAAAGUUCUACUGAGUGGCUGUAACCUCUCAGAGAACAUCUGUCCAGUUCUGUCCUCAGUUCUCAGCUCUCAGUCCUCCAGUCUGACAGAACUGGACCUGGGUAACAACGACCUGCAGGAUUCUGGACUGGAGAAGCUGUGUCCCGGACUGGAGAGUCCACACUGUAAACUGGAGUCUCUCAGACUGAGUGGCUGUCACCUCUCAGAGAACGUCUGUCCAGUUCUGUCCUCAGUUCUCAGCUCUCAGUCCUCCAAUCUGACAGAACUCGACCUGAGCAACAACCACCUGCAGGAUUCUGGACUGGAGAAGCUGUGUCCUGGACUGGAGAGUCCACAUUGUAAACUGGAGUCUCUCAGGCUGUCAGGCUGUCUGAUCUCAGAGGAAGGAAGUGCUUCUCUGGUCUCAGCUCUGACCUCCAACCCCUCCCACCUGAGAGAGCUGGACCUGAGGUACAACCAUCCAGGGGAGUCAGCAGGGAAGCUUCUGUCUGCUGGAUUGGAGGAUCCCCGCUUGAGGCUGGACACUCUCAGGGUGGAGCCUGCUGGACAACGAUGGUUGAGACCAGGUCUGAAGAAGUAUUCCUGUCAACUCACCAUCGACACAAACACAGUCUACAACAAGAUCAAACUGUCUGAUGACAACAGGAAGAUGACAAUUGUGGAGGAGGAUCAGUCAUAUCCUGAUCAUCCAGACAGGUUUGAUGUUCCUCCUCAGCUGCUGUGUAGAGAAGUUCUGACGGGUCGCUGUUACUGGGAGGUCCAGUGGAGCGGAGAGGCUUCUGUAUCAGUGAGUUACAAAAGAAUCAGCAGGAGAGGAAAUUCUGAUGACUGUAGGUUUGGAAGAAACGAUUAUUCCUGGAGUCUGGACUGUUAUCCAGGUGAUCAGUACCGUGUCCGACACAAUAACAGAGAAACAUCCAUUAUAUCCUCAUCUCCAUCUUCAGACUCUGGCAGUGUAUCAGUGUACGUGGACGUUCCCGCUGGAAGUCUGUCCUUCUAUGAAGUCGUCUCUGACAAACUAAUCCACCUCCACACCUUCAGCACCACCUUCACUGAACCUCUCUGUCCUGGACUUGGAUUCAGGUUCUGGUCCUGGUCUGGUUCCUCAUUGUCUCUGGGUCCAGUUUAG